AAUAAUAAUAAUAAUAAUAAUAAUAAAAGUAUAAAUUAAAUUUAUCUAAAUUAGUUUAAAUGAAUUAAAUUUUGUGGCAGUGCUCGUGUGCUUAGAGAUUAAGUAAAGUGGCCAAAAUUUGAUAUUUCUUUUGUCUCUCAUGGAAGCUUCUGGACGAAUGGAGAAGCAGAGGAGAGAGAGAACUCAGGGGCGAGAGAGAGAGCUCGGCUGAGAAGGAGAGAGGCGUGCGCAGUGGCAGCCAUGGAAGCCGCAAGUUCGAGCUUCCAGCAAGCUCGUGCGGCCAUGGUCGCAAGCUUGGGUGAAGAAGGGAUAGUCAGCGAGCAGGGAAGCCAUGGACGACGCGGAGCAGCCAUCGAUGGCGGCUGGAGCACCGGUUCAUGGUGGCGCGAGGUGGCAGCUAGGAGCUUCAGCGGCGGCUAUGGCGAUUGCGGCAGUUGCAGCGCAUGCGGUGAGCGUGGAGGCAGCCGCGGAGGCGGCUGGGCAUGGCCGCGAGAGGGCUGUGCGCAGGGUGAAGGCGUAGGGAAGAAGAAGAAGAAGAAGAAGAAGAAGAAGAAGAAGAAGAAGAAAGGCGCAGGGGGUGAUGAAAAUUGUGAAAAUUCAAGAGGAAUUGUGAGGAAAAUACAGGAAAUGAUUUAAUUCGCAUCGGGAGCACAAGAAAGGCUGAAAGCAGCUGUUUUCAGGCAAGCUCCUCACCCUCUCCUCGUGUUCUUUAAUUCCCGUAUAAGACUCCGUGAUUUCCUGUAUUUUAUCACCUUCCUUACUUUAAUUCGGCUCCUAAC